GAAAAAUACAAAAUCUAAACGUGAUAAAAUUCUUAUCACAAUUUUCUUUUUAUAAUAAGAGAUUGAUUUGUAAAUCAUGAAUUUUUCCGAUGAAUUCAGACAAAAUCAUUAUUUGAGUCGAUAUUCGCCGAAUGGAUUUUUCAUUGCAAAUUGCGUGCAGUACCGACUUGUGGUUAGAGAUGUGAAAACUUUGCAAAUAGUUCACCUGUUUACUAACUUGGAUGCAGUAGACUACAUGGAAUGGUCUCCUGAUUCCGACUUCAUUCUUUGUGGUAUGUUCAAACGUGGUGUCACACAGGUCUGGUCUAUGGAGAACCCGGAUUGGCGAUGCAAGAUUGAUGAAGGAAUGGCUGGUUUAGUGACAGUCAAAUGGAGUCCAGAUUCAAGGCAUAUUCUUACUAUAGCCGAAUUCAACAUAAGGAUUACGCUUUGGUCCUUGAUUGACAAGUCUGUUUCAUAUUUUGAAUAUCCAAAACAUGCAAACAAAGGUUUGGAUUUCACCAAGGAUGGACAUUACAUGGCACUUGCUGAAAGACGAAAUUGCAAGGACUUUCUGAGCAUUUUUGCAUGUAAAGCAUGGAAAAUGGUGAAGCAUUUUGAGGUACAAACUCAGGACUUAAGUGACAUUGCUUGGUCACCUGAUGGCAGAGCUUUGUGUGUGUGGGACCAUAUAGUAUAUAACAAAGUGUGUCUUUACUCAAUGGACGGUAGAUGCCUCUCGACGUAUGAACGGCCAUGUUUUGGCUUGGGCGUGAAGACGGUCACGUGGUCGCCGACGAGUCAAUUUCUGGCGAUAGGAGGCUAUGAUGAAAAGUGUCGUGUAUUUAACCAUCUCACGUGGAAAACAAUCGUGGAGCACAAGCAUUCCCACGUGAUAGAUAAGAAUGAGGUGAUUGUUUAUAAAGAAGUGGAGAAUAAGCCCACUUAUUUCAAGAAAGAGAAUAUAUCCUCGUUUGGAAGUUACAUCGUUACCAGCAAAUAUGAGGUAAAGGAGACUCCAGUACAGAUACCUUUGCUUAAACCUGAUCCUGAGAAACCUAAUCCCAAAGUUGGUGUUGGUCACGUGUCAUUCAGCAGCAAAUGUCAGUUUAUGGCUACCAGAAACGACAAUAUGCCGUACACCUUAUGGAUAUGGAAUGUUAUUACUCUCAAACUUUAUGCUGUACUUAUACAAACCUCUCCAAUUAAAACAAUCCAGUGGGAUCCGCAAAAUGAAAGAGUUGCGUUAUGCACUGGUAAUAAUAAACUGUAUUUUUGGUCGGUUGCUGGUUGUGUCACGGUUGAUGUGCCAACAGAAAGUGAAGCUUUGUUCCAAGUCAAUUCUCUGUCAUGGCAUCCAGAUGGCGAUAACAUGCUACUUUUGUCUAAAGAUAGGAUGGUGGUUUGUUUUCUUUCUCCUCCUGAAAGAUGAGACUCUUCGUUAGUAUGACAUCGAGGUGAGAUUGCUUUGAUUGACCCAAAUCGUAGGUCACGUGUUCAGUUCAACGCCAUGACAAGGUACUGUGAAUAUAUGGAAGCAGUUCUUAUGCAUGAUCAUUUCAGAAUGCAUACGUGUUAUGUUAGUUGCUAACUUUGCGAUUCUUGUUUGAUGUGCGUCAGUUUGAUCUCUUGAUCAAACGUUCAAAUUAAAAGUGGAAAAGUCUAAUGCUGAAAA